CUAAUCUUCUCGGUGAACGUCUCCCCUUCCUUUUCCUCUCGCACCCACGAGGCCACCACUCUGUCUCAGUCUCGUCAGUCACUUAAGCUCAAGCUCAAGCUCAACCUCUCUCAUCUCUCUCACUGUCACUCUCGCACUCAAGCUCUUUCAUCUCCGGUCUUUCUCACUGCCUCCGGUCUCGCACUGAAGCUCGUCAUCGCUCUCUGUCAAGUCACCGUCUCGCAGUCAGCGCGCGCCUUCCCUGCGCUCGUCGUCGCCGGCGGCAGAAGCAGCAGGUCCUGGGGCUGGUCGUCGUCGUCGCUCUUUGAUUCGUCACCGUCUCGCACUCAGUCGCACGCCUUCCCUGCGUUCGUCGCACAUCCCGGGGCUGGUCGUCGUUGUGGUCUUCUUGCUUCGAACCUUGCCGUCAGCAGCUGGUCCCCGACUUGGUAAUCUCACACAAAUCGAGUCUAGGUGAGCUCCACGAGUUUACUUAGACUCGCAAGUUUAACAACCUUGUUGCCGCUACUGAUUGUUCUUGAAUGGAGAUUGAGAGGCCAGAUGGGCGGAGCCCGAAUCAGCUAAGGCCACUGGCUUGUUCUCGCUCCAUCCUCCACCGUGCUCAUGGCUCCGCUACCUGGUCUCAAGGAGAUACCAAGGUGGUUGCUGCAGUUUACGGACCAAAAGCCGGUACCAGGAAGAAUGAAAAUCCUGAGAAAGCUUCUUUUGAAGUUGUUUGGAAACCCAAGACUGGACAAAUUGGAAAAGCGGAGAGGGAAUAUGAGAUGAUUUUGAAGAGAACACUAGAGAGCAUUUGCAUUCGGUCAAUAUACCCGAAUACCACCACUUCAGUCAUAGUACAGGUUGUUCAUGAUGAUGGUGCUCUACUUCCAUGUGCAAUAAAUGCAGCAUGUGCUGCACUCGUGGAUGCUGGAAUACCCCUGAGACAUCUUGCUGUUGCAAUAUGUUGUUCUGUAGCAGAUAAUGGCUAUAUCUUUUUGGACCCAAAUAAACGGGAAGAAGAGAAAAUGAAAGCAUUUUCCUAUUUAGUUUUUCCAAAUUUGAAUGUUUCCGUUCUACCAGAAAGAUCAACGCAGAAGGGUGGUGAGCCCACGGCACAUGGUAUCAUCACAUCUGUUACCCAUGGUGCUAUGUCAGUGGAUGAUUAUCUUCACUGCCUAGAACGAGGGCGUGCUGUUAGUGCAAGGUUGUCUGAGUUUUUGAGAAAGAACAUAGAGCCAAAAUCUUCAAGCGAGUCAUCUAAAGCUGGUUGAUAGGAAACCACUUUGGACGUAGUUUACUAGUAACUAACUUUUCUACACAAGGGCAGGAGAGCAUGGGAUAUCUAUGCAGGUACUACUAUUAUGUAUUUGUCCUGCGGUUGCUAGCUCUGCAAAAAUGUACUCACUCAUGAGUCUUCUAGGUUUUCUGCAGUCUCCUGUAACAUUGUCCUUGAAGUUGCUUUUAUAGUGGUAAAGAUUUUAUUCUUCGGUUAUAAGAUUACUCGUGGUGUUUCGUAUACUCUGGUUUAGUUCUAUAUCUGUUAUCCUUAAUUUAUUUCCAUGAGUGGAUUCUUCUAAGGAUUAAUUUUUUUGUACUUGAGAAAGGCUUAAUUUCACAGAAGCUUUAUUCA